GGAACCAGAGAGAAAAGAAGAGCUAGAAAGAGAGAGAGAGGCAGAGCGAGGGGAGUACAAGAGAAAAGUUAGCUCAAAGCUCCCACAAAUCACUUUGUCACCAGCAAGCUCUGACAAGCACCAGGAGAGAGAGAGAGAGAGAGAGAGACAGGGAGUUAAAUAGAGCUGCAAACAGAGAGUUGUGUCAGAGCUGAGGAAACUCAAGAGGGGAGGUGUGAAGGAGGUGAUACCGAUGGAUGGAUAGAGGGAAGGCUACAAUCUGAUUCUCCAAACAGUGAGAGCAAAGUGGGGACUGUUGCUCCUGCUGCUUUGUCUGGAUGCUUUUGACGAGAAGGUGUGUCAAAUUAACUUUUUUUGUUACGAGAGGAUUGAUUGGUUUUAUUUCCUGAUAGCAUCCCUGGCUUGAGAUCACUUUAUUGUGUUUAAGGACACAGCCACAGAGGCAGCUGCUGUGUGUGUGUGUGUGUGUGUGUGUGUGUGUGUGUGUGUGAAGUCGGCAUGAUUCAGAGGCGCUGAAAGCAUUUUCUUGUGAGCUGCAGCUGUACACUGAUCACAUGCUGUUAGUGCUAAAAAGAGGUAGUCAGAGUGGAGAGCGAUAGAGGAAUAUCAGAUCUGUGGGGACGUUUCUUGAUGGCUUGGCUGCUAAAAUUCAAAUAAAGUGAGGGUUUUAAAAACAUUAUAUUUUCUUUUAGUGCACUGUGGAUGUCUGAUUAGCUCCGGGUUGGCUCGAAGCCUCAAGGGUCAUCUGAUCAAACUCCAGAAACAGAGAAAUAGGAAGGCCUUUUUCCACUUUAAGCACAGGACGUACUGUUGCUGAGUUCUCUUCCUUAGAGACAUUUACUUGACAUUACAGUGUGUACGGAGUUGUCCUGAGUGAUCUGUGAAGAGACCUUGUAGGUCAAGGUCAAGAAGCCGGGUCCGCAGAAAAGACUUGGACAGUACGUUAGGAUCUGCCAGAACCACUUCAUUUGUCUGAGAGUUACGACUGGUGAACAACACACACUGACAUGUGGAGGUUUGUUUUACAGGAUUCACUUUGAUACUGUGGCUUGAAAUCAUAUUUUCAAGUUGGUCUGUGAGUCCAGAAGCAGCUUGUUGUUAGAUUCACUGAGGACCCUCUUAGUCUCACCGUCUGUGUGCAUGUUUGGCUGGGCUCUGUUAGCUUUUGACAGCUCCGCUCCGGACUCAUUUCAGCGUCUGGGACGUCAUUGUCUUACCUGUGUGUCUGAGUCAGAGGCUGGCUCAUCACUCCAUGUCUGUCUGCCCACUGGGACUUUCUCCAUCUAUGCAAAGAGGGCACAAGUGUUAGGUGGUUUUCACAGCAGCAGCAGCAGCGACAGCGGUGGCACCAGCAGUCUUGAACUUUGAGGACUCUCCACACUGCAUUAAUUGUUCUGCUGUGUGUAAACACCUUGCGUCACUCACACCUCUCCCCCAAGUGAUUCACUGUUCCCUAAGCAUCCCCACUUGGAGGCAAAGCAGUGAGAGAAAAGGUGAAGGAGGAUUUACUCAGAACCAAAGUGCAUACGUGGUUGCAAACAGUCCGGUAAGCACCAUGAAGCUGGUGUUCUUGAUGCUCAUGUGUGUGUACACGGUGGGCAACGUGAGCGGUAUGUCUACGUGUAAGACGCUGGACCUGGAGAUGGUGAAGAAGAAGCGCAUCGAAGCCAUCAGGAGCCAGAUCCUCAGCAAACUGCGUUUGCCCAAAGAGCCUGAGCCGGAUCAGGCCGGAGAUGAGGAGGAGAUCCCCACCUCCCUAAUGUCCCUCUACAACAGCACCAAGGAGAUGCUGAAGGAGCAGCAGACCGAGGUCCAGACAGACAUCUCCACAGAGCAGGAGGAGGAGGAGUACUUUGCCAAGGUGCUGCACAAGUUCAACAUGACCG